CGCCAAACAACUUCCCGAUAGAAACAAAGUUGGUUUUCUAAUACUCUGUACUAUUCGGCUACGAAUAAUCGGCUCUUAAACGCAGUGAGUACUGUUCAGCUGACGGUAAGCGUGAUGAGUUCAUAUUGUGUGUUAGAAAGCUGAGGUAUAACCUGCACGGCCAUUCAGUCUACGCUUCCAAGACCCGCUACAGAGUAGCGGGAAUAUCGCGUAAUCGAUACAAGCUAAACAGAGAGAAAAGAUGUCCAAGAGUUCAGGACCCGUAAGUUAAACUGGCCAUAGGAAAUGCAAACGUCGUUAUUGCGAUCUCUGCGCGAACGUCAAGAAUGCCAACUUCACUGGCCAGCCAUGCAUGUCUGCGCAGAACCCUGCAGUGGGGUAGGCAGUACCCCUCCAGCAACAUGGAUAUCCGAGGAAGAUGGAUUGACCCAUCUGUUCCCAAUGACCAGUACACAGAAAUGCGAAGAUUGAUCAACGUUGACGCGGCAUCAUUAGACACAUGAGAUGAACAGAACGGUCAGAAGUGCAC